GGCGUCCCAUCAAGAAUGUUUACGGCAACAGUUACCACAGUCAUUUUUUAGCUCGAUAAGCAUGUUCUUCCUCUUUUAUCAAUGACAAGAUGUUUCAGAAAAGGCUUUGGACAGAAACGCUUUGCUGUGCGCUUUGUAAUUUCACAAAAGUAUUUGGCUGUGUCUGAACUAAACGUUCUACUGCUACACAAUGAACACAAUACCUCUAUAAACGACGCCGAUGACAGCUUAGAAGGGGAUUAUCUUUGAAUAUCUGUCACCUUUUUACUGAACAAAAAUUGAAGUUGACGUAUGACAGAAGCAUGUUUCAAGUCCAUAUAGUAUAGCUCAUUUACUGAUUCGUUUAUAUGAGACUGCAUCAUAAAUGGAUCUGCAGUAUUUAGUGAUAUGGUUCUAUGUGCACUUGCAUAUCUGUAACAGUCUUACUGAUUAUUUCUGAUCUCUUACAGACCAUUAGUAACACUUACACAGUAAAAGCAAAGAUGUCAAAAAGUAACUUGCACUUCAAAAUUAAAAGAGAUAUCGUAAGGACUAUCUCAUCGAUUGUGUGCAAGUCAUAUGGACCAGAUUGUCAGCAGACCCUUCUAUGCACAUCAACCGGCAUGGUCCUAGUUACAUCAGAUGGGAUGUGCAUACUUCACAGUCUCCAUCUGUGUCACCCUGUUGCUACAGUGGUGGUGAAAGCCAUACAGAAACACCACCUCAUGACUCGUGAUGGCACAAAGACAUUCUCGCUAUAUCUAUCACAAGCAGUAACAGACUUGGACAAAACACUUAACUGCUCCCUAUCUACAGAUCACAUUGGGACGUCAGUUGAUCAGUUCUGUUACACAACUGCACAGCAUCUCAUUAGAAUUGAACGUGAUGUUUUACCCCAAAUUUGGAGAGAAUUAUCCCAGAAUUCUACUGUUAAGCAUGUCGAAGGUAAUUUGCCACUGAUCAAAUUAAGAUCAGUCAUAAACACAUGCUUGGCAAGCCAUUUGACAAAACAUACAAGACAUGUUCUCUUAGAGUUAGUUUUGAGUUCUUUAGGGGCAAGUGAAUCUGGAAUAUUCACAGACAUUUCUAUAGGUGUUCUAAAAAGACAGGUGACAUUUAUGAUUGACAACUUUGACUUCCUCCAUUUCAAACUUCCCAAACAACUGUGUGAAACAUCAUCAUUUCUGCCAGGAUUUCUGCUCAGGCAAGAUUUUUUAGUGAAACACCCUCGGCUUGGUGAGAAUGAAGAUAUCAAGUUUCUGAUGUUGUCUUGCUCUGUGGAAGGAAGUUCUAAUGAAAACCCAGAUGAAGUUGUUUUUCUGAAGGACAAGGAGGCAGCAUACACCGCUCUUUCUUACAGAGUAACCAGGGCAAGCAAAUACUUGACUGAUCUCAAACAGAAGGAUGUGUCUUUAAUACUCUGUUCAGAAACUGUUCCCCAGUUUGCAAGAUCUCUAUGUAGGGAUUUGGGCAUUAGUGUCAUCAGCUGUGUGGAACAGGAGGACAUUCACUUCAUUGAAAGGAUCACAGGAGUGCAGGCUGCCACCAGCAUAUCUGGUUCAGUUGACAGCAUGCAGACUGGUCAGCUGUCUAGUUGUGACAGGAUUGUGUUAGGAACCCAACGUGUUGCUCAUCUACAGUUUGCAAAGACAAAGACUUUCAUAUCACCAAGAACAAUUGUCAUAGCAGCACCAACCGAUGGACUUGUGGAUCAGUUCAGGACUGCUGUGUAUAAGUCAUACAAGUCAGUUCAAAUGUGCUUUGCUUUCCAAGUGACUUGCAAUACAGAUGAUUCCCUUGGCGAGAAUUGUUAUCAAGAAAAGCCUGAAGAUCUCACCACAUCUUCAGACAGUGGAGAGUUCUGUGUUAUUGGAGGAGGUGGGUUCUUUGAGCUCAGGACAGCAGGCAUGUUGAAGAAGCUGUCAAAUAAUUUCACAGAUGUCAAGAUAGGCCAUGGAUGUCAAGUCCUUCAUGAUUGCCUGCUGUCUGUUCCGCGACACCUUCACAAACAGUUAUCCCCGGAUCAUGGUACCAAAGGCAGGGACUACCUGGAGAAGCUUCAGCAGUUAUGGGCAACAAUAGAAGAGGGAGGGGUUGCUGGUCUGGACAGGAAGGGGAGGAUCUGUAAGCCUGUAGAUGUUGGAAUACUGGAACCUCUUGCCUCCAAAGUGUUGACCUUGACCUCUGUGGUGCAGCUUCUCCAGCAGCUGCUGAGGAUCGAUGCUGUUGUCAGCGUCCAGAAACUAGAAGCAGUUGAGAUGUUUUCUGAUGAUGAUUUGUAGACUUGACAGAAUGCUGGUAGGAUACAGACUCAUCUAUGGCUGCUGACAGCAAGUGUAUAAUGACAUAACAGUUUAAAUCAUUGGUUUGUUAGCACUGUUCUGGUGCUCACGGUUUCAUUUAACAGAUAAAUGUCUAAAACAUGCACCAUUUGGACUCUCUUUUCGCAUUAAGUGUACUGUAACUUUAACAUUCUCCAAAGCGGUGUGUUGGGUGGAACAAAUUCACUCUUGUUGGGGCUUUGGGCAUUUAAGGUGUCUUUAAAAAGUUGGUUCCACUCCUCACAUGGAUGCAAUACUCCUUGAAAGCCCCACCUAUCAUAUAUGGCAGGAAUAAUGCUGAAAGUCAUGCUCACUCACUCACUCCAAAUUGUUGUUUACUUUAGACAUCUAACUUUCCAGAUUAUCAAGUUCUGCUUGUUAAUAUUUUGUAUGAUGAGAUAAACGAGAAAAAAUUAAAUGGAUGCAUUUUCCGUGACAUUUUCA